AUGCCUUCUCGAGAAGGGCCUCCGUUGCCUGGACGGAGCUCCCCGGUAUCGAAGAAGCAACGUGUAUCCUCCACGGAUGACUCGAUUUUCCCAUACCCUGUUCUUCCAGCGGACUGCGUCACCAACGAUCAGGAUGGUUAUCUACCGGUGGGGUCCUUACACGAGCUGCGACAUUUGAUUCCUGUGCCUACAACAGACUCUGUUGAGUGGGGCGACAAAGCGGCUGCAGCUAAGCGUGCCUCGAUCGAGCCCAAAGUGACAGACACAAAUCAACGAUUGCUUCGAACGCACCACCCAUCUCUUAGCCAACUUGACUCAGUAUAUCUGGUGGAAGAAUCGGAGCACAAGUGGAUAUGGGUGGUGUCGCCAGGAUUUGAUGAGACCAGGUCGAUUGGCGCUUAUGCCGGGGGUCUCGAGAUUCACCUCAAACCAACUGGGCUCAUGGAAAGGACAACUACGAUGUGGCCAAAGUACCAAUCGGACCCCAUCCCUGCUAUUCUCAAUCCUCGGAAGUUUUUGUCUCGACAUCACCUUCACCUGUUACGAGAAAUGUUCCCAACUUCGCUCGGCGCAAGAGUUUUCAUAAGUGGUUUCAUCGUGAUUCUGUUCAAGAGCCGUGCCGACAUGGAGAAUUCCUGGCUGCAAGAUGGACCGGCAAGCACCUUUGGCACCCUAAGACUAAGAUACGAUAUUCUUGAGGACACACCGACCCGGACAAUGGUUUCAAAAGGCGCUGCAAUUGCUGCAAGGCCAGACUGCGUCGAGGCAUACGCUGCGCUUGGGUUGAAGAUUCGUUUCCCGGGAGGCCAAGAGGCGAUAACCGUCCCCACGCAUGCAUUUAUUACUCUCCGAUAUAUCCGAUCAGCUCCUCUCCUUCGAAUUGCAGACUGGUAUGGUCACAUUAAGAUAAAACUGGCUCGAUAUUCCCCCAUCAAAAGUGGGUUAUCUAUGCGAGCGAUUGGGUCUGCUCGGCGUCAUCCAAUGGGUAAUUCGCCACUUGGUCAGCAAGUGUUCCUCGCUGGAGAUUCAAAACAGAUCGGGACCAUCUCUUUUACCUACGAUCCGAUUUCAGCAAGGCCCCUUCGUUUCCCGACUGGGUUUGUGCAUGAUCUAUCAUUGAUCACAAAUUCCCAGGAACUACCGGAAGUUACAUCCCCUGAUCGAACACCAUGUGUGGUUGGUUGGGGUAGUUAUACAGACCUUCUUGAUGGAAAACCAGUCUUUGUGACAGGCCUCAAUAUUCCCACAGGCAAUACCAUUGUGAGAUCAGAAAGCGGGAUAUCAAGGGAAGCACAGGCAGCGCUCACAGAAGGCUCGCAGUAUCUCUGGGACAGAGAAGUACUAUCGCAGAAUGUUUCGAUCCUAUGGCGGACUGAAAAUGAUGAAGACCCGCUAGGAGGCCUUUCGGGAUCGGCGCUAUGCCUCGGACAACUGCAAGACAAAACCUGUCUAGCGGUUUGUUUCCAGAACUUUGAGUCCCCUCUAUAUUCGCGAGAGCUGCUGAAAGACGACCAUCGUGGUGCACCACAAUACGCCGAUCGCGUUAGAAUCAAAGGGGGCUUUCUGCUACCGCCAGAGGUCAGAGCCACCCAGAUCCUAUGCAAUCCAUCCGAAACACCUACGGCAUCGGGGACUUAUCCCAGCCGAUCGAACCCAACAGCGGGCCUAAGGAGAUCAUAUUCCUCGACUCGCUGA